AGCGUUUUCAGUGUGUACACAUGGUUAGUAGCGUAAGAACAUUUUUCGCGUCAUUUCAAAAUCGAACGGACGACGCAACACCGCAGCAGCUUGUGAUAUAUACAAAUUCAUUAAGGAAUUUGACUAAUUAUAUGAAAACUAUACAUAUAGUAGAGUCCGCACAAUAUAAACGCUCAAGAGUACAACUCGUGAUACAUUGCAAGCGCAAUUAAAGUGAAGUACGCACGCACACAAUCAAGUGAAUAGCAGAAGCACAGUUAUUUAAAGUUGGCGUCUUUUCGGGACAUGGACAUAACAUCGGGUGCGAAUGGGUCGCGUCAGCAGCAGCAGCCAGCGCGCAAAUCGAAUCAAAACAUUCAGGUUUAUGUGCGCGUCAGACCAUUGAACUCACGUGAACGUUGUAUACGUUCGGCGGAAGUUGUCGAUGUGCAACCGCCCAAGGAGAUUGUGACACGGCACACUGUGGACUCGAAACUCACGAAGAAGUUCACUUUCGAUCGUACCUUUGGUCCAGAUUCACGACAGUGUGAUGUGUACAGCACUGUGGUGGCGCCUCUUAUUGAGGAAGUGCUCGCGGGAUACAAUUGCACGGUGUUCGCCUAUGGACAGACGGGCACUGGUAAAACCCACACCAUGGUGGGCAAUGAGUGUGCCGAGUUGAAGUCCUCCUGGGAAGAUGACUCGGACAUUGGCAUUAUACCGCGCGCUUUGAGCCAUCUAUUCGAUGAGCUACGCAUGAUGGAAUUGGAGUAUACGAUGCGUAUCUCUUACUUGGAACUGUACAACGAGGAACUGUGCGAUCUGCUCUCCACCGAUGACAAUGUCAAGAUUCGCAUCUUUGACGACAGCUCGAAAAAGGGUUCGGUGAUCAUACAGGGACUCGAGGAGAUACCCGUACAUAGCAAGGACGAUGUUUACAAGCUGCUAGAGAAGGGCAAAGAGCGUCGUAAAACGGCCACCACAUUGAUGAAUGCGCAAUCCUCGCGCUCACACACCGUUUUCUCUAUUGUGGUGCACAUACGCGAGAAUGGAAUCGAUGGCGAGGAGAUGCUCAAGAUUGGCAAACUGAAUCUGGUCGAUUUGGCCGGCAGUGAGAAUGUCUCGAAGGCGGGCAACGAAAAAGGAAUUCGUGUGAGGGAAACUGUUAAUAUCAAUCAGAGUUUGUUGACUUUGGGUCGUGUGAUCACUGCUCUAGUGGAUCGUGCUCCUCAUGUGCCGUAUCGCGAGUCCAAACUAACGCGCCUGCUGCAGGAAUCUCUCGGUGGACGCACUAAGACAUCGAUUAUUGCCACCAUCUCGCCGGGACACAAGGACAUUGAGGAGACUCUGAGUACGCUGGAGUAUGCGCAUCGUGCCAAGAAUAUACAAAAUAAACCCGAAGUCAAUCAGAAGCUCACCAAGAAGACGGUACUCAAGGAGUACACCGAUGAGAUUGAUAAACUGAAGCGUGAUCUGAUGGCAGCUCGCGACAAGAAUGGCAUCUAUCUGGCCGAGGAUACCUACGGCGAAAUGAUGCUCAAAAUGGACUCUCAGACGCGUGAGCUCAAUGAGAAGAUGCUGCUGCUCAAGGCACUGAAGGAUGAGCUGCAGAACAAAGAGAAGAUCUUCAACGAGGUCAGCAUGAGUCUGGUGAAGAAGACACAGAAGCUCAGUCGAACCGAGCAGCAUCUGAGUGAAACGAAAGGAUCUCUACUGCUCACCAAGAAGGUGCUCAGCAAGACAAAGCGUCGCUACAAAGAGAAGAAACAGCUGGUGGAGUCGCAUGUCAAGACCGAGGAGCAGCUGACCACACAGGCGAAUCAAAUACUCGCUGCAGCCGAUUUGGCUACCGACGAUACACAGCAGCUGCAUGGCACAAUUGAGCGACGUCGUCAGGUGGAUGAUAUGAUACGCAACACAUGCGCACAGUUUGCGGAACGCAUGAGGGAAAACCUGGGCAUGCUCGAUGGCAGCUUAAUCCAGUAUCAGGAGCAGCAUGCGGGCUCAACACAGCAGCUGACCGAGGAGUUGGCCAACUGCACCAGCGUUCAUCAGCGCCUGGUGGCGAAUGCUACAAAGAGCAUCAACAACUUGCGCGACAUUUGCUGCGAAUCCUUGGCCGCACAUGGCCAGCUGCAGGCGAAGUUUGUCAGCGCUGUGGCCAGCAAUGGCGAUGCCCAAAGCCAGGCGUUGUUGACCCAACUGUUGGAGCACAUGGAGCAUCGACGCACACAGCUGAGCCAAGACAUGCUGGCGAAUCUGCAGGAAUUGGAGGCGAACAAUAUGCGACACAGAGAAGCACUCGACAAUAUGCGGGAUGGCUUUGCGCCCAUCAUUGAACGGAAUACAAAGGCGGUGCAACAGCAUGUGGAGCAAGUGCAGCUGCAGCUCAAUCAGCUGACCACAUUAAGUGCACCCGAUGCAGCGCAACUGCAGCAGCUGCAAGAGGAGCUGGCAUACGAGGAGCAGCUGGCACAGCAGGAGCAGGCGUUGUUCCAACAACUCGAGCAGCUGCAACAGCAGCGUGCCAAGAACACGGGCAGCAUGAGCACACGCGUUGGCCAGCUAAAGCGCAGCCAUGUGGCGAUCAAUGAGCAGGCUCAGCUUACCGGCAACAGCGUGCUUGCUUAUGGCACACAAAGCACAGUUGCCGCUCAAGCGGCACGCGAUGAGCUCUGCAGUCAAUUGCAAGCAGCUACACUGAUUGUGGAUCAUGGCGUGUCGAAGUGUUCCACGCUUCACGUGCAGUUGGAUAAUCUGUGCAAGGCAAGCGAUAAGCAGGCCGAGUCCAGCAUGCAAAUGGUACGUGCCCAGCAGCAGCAGCUGCGUCAGUUGUGCGGCGACAACGAGGAGCAAGCGAAGCAACUGCGUGAUGAACAGCAAAAGCAACUGAAACUGGCCACCGAACAGAUACAUCAGAUCAUGACCACCGAUGUGGAGUUGGGCAUUGGCCAUGCCGCCAUCACCGGCGAGCUCAUCGAAGAGCUGGCCAAACAAAUGACCCAGCAUGCUAAUGUGCAGCGUCAACAGCUGGAGACUUGCCACGAGAGUGUCUCACACUUCCAUCAGAGCGAACUGAAAACGUAUGCGCCAACUGGUGCGACGCCCUCGAAGCGUGACUUUGUCUAUCCACGCACGUUGGUGGCCACAUCACCGCAUCAGGACAUUGUGCGACGCUAUCGACAGGAGCAGGACUGGUCUGAUCUGGAUACAACAGCCACCAUUGAUGAGUGCAGCGAGCCAGAGGAAUCACUGCAGUCGGUUCAAGAACUGUCUGAAACGGAGACCAUCAUGAACUCCACGCCCAUUGAUCCCGUGGACAAUGCUGGCAUUAUCAAUAAACGCAGCUCGGGCAACGGCCGCAGCUCCAACACUCUGAAACCAUUUGCGAAUGGACAAAGGAACAGCUCCUUGUCACGCUCCCUCACGCCCAGCAAGUAUUCGCCGCGCAAUUCGCCACGCAACUCGCCAAUUGGUUCACCUGCCUUUAAUAGGCACAACAAAGAGAACGUGGCCUGAGAUGGCAGUAAUAAACAUUUAAACAUUUAAGGCGUUAAUUGGAACACUUCUUGUCUAUAUAAUUUGCACGGUUCCUUUCUAUUUUUAUUCAUUAUUCAUAAUUUAUCAUUUCACUUGAGAUUUCAAUUUCAUUAUCGAUUCUUUCUUAUUACAAUUUACACAUGAAGUAAACAAAACAUUUCUGCACCAAGUACAGUGAAAAGUGAUGACUUGCAGCUCU